AUGUUUACAAUCUCCUGGCCAUCAUUACCGAAACUUGGUCUAUCCAUCUUCUCCAAGAAGGGGGCCAUAGACCUUCGUCCGGUCAAGGUGCAUGAGAGCGAGACUGCGCAGGAUAAACCUGGGCGGGCUUUGAAACAUCUAUUGAAAUUGAAUCAUGUUGAGCAUGGGCUGUUUUUGAAAGGUUCUUUGCCUAGUCAGUUGCCUGUGCUGUUAUGCGCCUCUUUCUUGCAAGGUGCUAGUGAUGAUGAUCUAGGGCGAAUCUAUGAAGAUCAUGUUAGCUCUCAAGCUAAGUGGGUGGAUUCGCCUGCUGAGGUUACGCAUCUUGAUUGGAGGGAGUAUUUGGGGUGUCGAGAAUAUGAUCGGGGAUUUGUCAACUUCUUUGAAGAUGAGCUAGCUCGUCUUGGUUAUGACUGGAGAGAAGUCGUUGCUGAGUACUUGUUUGAAGGCGAAGAGCCUUUGUUUAAUUCUAUCUUUGGUGGUCUUGGAGCUCCAUUGAUUCAUCUCGCGCAUGCUUUCGAGGUCUCCAGUCGUGAAAUGGCAAUGGAAGCCCUUGGUCUCACUACAACCUGCUACAGCAACACUUUCAAAGACCUAGAAGAAGCAGCGCAGACAAGCAAGGCAACAUACGAAUCAAAAUCACUGUUCGAAAUACUGGAGCAAGUCCGCCAGGAUAAAGAGCUGAACAAUCUGUUUAGCAAACCAGACAGUCAAAACCUCAAGACCCUCAUCACAUCGCGGAAUCCAUUACUGCUCAAGCACUGGAGUGCAUGGAAAAUUGAAAACGCAAUGGAACAGUUCCGCGAGAGCCAAGAACUUGCCGCUGCAUUGCUCGUCGCAACACCCGACCUCGACAAUGCCAACAGCGGGCUCUACAAUUCCCUCUUUGCUGUUCCUCUCAUUACAAGCCAUGCUAUGCGUGUGAUGCUACCCUUGAUCCCUGCACAAUUUCAGAUCCCGCUUCUGCAUCAGUGGUGGCUGACUACAGUUGCAAUUUACAUCGCACAACUACGUCCUGAGAUUGAUAUGGAUCGAAUUCGGCGUUAUGAUCUCAAGGGGAGGGACUGGGAAUGGACGGCAGAGCAGGCUGUUCAGGGACAGUUCUCAACGGAUGCACAGUUUGUUAAGGUUAUUCGUGCCCUGAAAGAGCUAUCCUUGACAUGGGGUGAUUUUGAGAGCUUCUUCCUUAAGGCUGCUGUAAGGUUUACUGAUGAGUUCCGAGGCUGGAAGGGAGAUUUUGUUGGAGAUGAACUGUAG